AUGCUGUUGCCGGGCGGUUUUUCACCUGCAUUUCAUUGUCAGAAGGCGCAAGCUCGAAUCGUAGCUUGAGCAACGAUUUGAAAUCUGGAUCUUGAAAAUUAGGGCGAAUAUGGCGGGUGGGGAUCCGUCGUGUAUAUUCUGUCCGAUCGCGCGCAAUUCCACCUCCACUCCUCUCCUUCACUCCGAUGAGAAGGUCGUCGCGUUUCAAGACAUCAAACCCGCCGCCCUGAGGCACUACUUGGUAAUACCUAAGGAGCACAUUCCCACAGUGAGAGACCUCCAGAGAAGAGAUGAAGACUACUCGCUGGUAAGUCACAUGUUAAGCGUGGGACACACACUGCUGCAGAAAGAUGCACCUCAGUCCACGUAUAGAUUUGGUUUCCACCAGCCACCUUUGAACAGUGUUGAUCAUCUCCAUCUGCAUUGUUUUGCAUUGCCUUUCAUACCCAGAUGGAAAGCCAUUAAGUACAAGUCUUUGGGACCUCUUGGUGGUUUUAUUGAAGCAGAGGCACUGCUGGAGAAAUUAAAGCCUCUCUCUUCUCUUCCUUCAAAGGCAACGGACUGCAUGUGUUUAUCACCAUCAACUUUCAGCUCAGUUGGGUGGGGCAGCCGGUCUUGUGAUAGUAUGAUAUCCUCAGAACAGAGCUGGCUUAAUACACAACAGCUCCGGAAAAGGAGGUUGGACGACGUAGACGCCACCACUUCUUCUACUGAGCAUGCUUGGUGUCCAUGGAAAAUAAUAAUAAUGUCCCUUUCAGAUGUAGUUAAGAUAACAGGGUGGGGGGAAGCAAACGCUAGGGUAUGGUGGAUGAAAUUAAGGAGGAAAUGUCAAAUCAGAAGGGUCAUAGGGGGUGCUGCGUAUCUAUCGGGGUGGAUGGGGAGAUUGUCAUCUUUGAAAGUGUCAAACUUGUGAUUGAUUCUGUGUAUGUGUUGAGGUGACAAAACCAUAGAAGAGUUCAAUUGGAGGGGGAAAGUAAGGUACACAGUAGCUUGUUCCUCUCACCUGGGUGGGUCGCCUCUUUCUGGUCACCCUUUAAAAUCAUCACUUGUGGCAUUGGACAUCACCCUUGGUACUGGUAUUGGUCAUUUGAUUAACUGACGUUGUUGGGUAGAGGAUUUAGCUCUUAAACUUGCAUGGUGAAGUAUUUUGCCAAUAGUAGGAUUAUACUACUUUUUUUUUCAGACAAACGAAAGCAGAAAAGAAUUGAGAAUGGUUACAAUGGUCGGUUUUAAGGUAAGUCUGGUCUAUAACUCAUAAAAGGGAGUUGACUAGAAGCGAAAAGGUCAACGCCACUUUACAAUGUGCGUGCCCUGGUAACUUGUAGCCACCCUUUUCCCUUGGUUCACAGUUUCGCCACCACUCUCCCCAAUCCUAUCCCACUUUCUGACUGCCAAUUUCCAGGUAUUUACUUGCUCUCUCUCUGCCACACUUUAGUUUCUCAAAGCACAAAAUACCAUUUCUUAUUGUUUGAUAAAGCUCUCAGCUUCAUUUAUUAUUAUUAUUAUUAUUUAGAUUAGUGUAGUGCCUAUUUCAGCAUCAGACAACAAAAAAACUAGAUUUCCUUAGAUUAGAUAAGAUUACCCAAAAAAAAAGGGAUGAGUUUGGAUUUUUUGAAGUCAAAGACAAAUGAUUAGCGAGUUCCUAUCCUCCCCCUGUUGUUAUGGAAUUUACUUUCUAAGGUGUUUCAUGCUUGUGUAUAUGUAAUUUCAAAAAAGAAAAAGGAAAGAGAGACGAAAGGCAUUGGAUUCUGGCUUUUAUAGUUACAGAAGGUACCCCUCCCGAAAUGGGGAACAGAUACAAUUUCUCUUUGAAAAUAUAACAGUAUCCCAAAAUUUUAUGGUUUAGAUUCUAAAUUAUUGUUGCUUGUGUUGUGUUGUAUGAAAAGUAUAUAGAAAUAGUUAUAUAUACACUA